AUGAUAAACCACGAGAGUUAUUUCGGAUGCAUGCACAAACUGUCGCAUUAUCUGUCGUUGUUUCAGCUCGCUGUCAAUCGCGAGGUUCCAACGCUUAAAAAGCGUCUAAACGACACAGAAAAAGACAUGAUACGUGCGGGCAGCACGUACAUAUAUUCGGAGAGCGAAAGCGGUAUUAGAAGAUGGACAGACAAUUUGUCAUGGACACCCUCGCGUGCAAGUAACGAAUGCGUAUUCUACCAGGAGAUUGCCAGCCACACCCAGCCGAUGCUAAAGAAAGUGGUAACUGCCACGAUCGACAAGAACAAGUGGCACAUUGUGAACUACAGCACGGUGAACGACGAAAUAACGGGCACAUGCUGUGCAAAAUACCAGGCGGUGCACGAUGUGCCCGUCACACACAACAUUGUUAUUAAAGCAAAGGUUCGGUGCAGCAGGAAUACACUUAGAAGAUCGCUGAGCAGAAAUUACGUGAGGAACAGGACCGAAAAGAUCUACAGCUUUGUGGAUGAGAGCGAGCUGUUCGGGAGACGGUUGAACAUGAAAGUGUUGGCGAACAAAAACUAUUUGUAUAGAAGAAAGAGUGAAGAGACGGAAACAGAUGAGAACGAGAAUAAUGAGUAUGAUACCUUUGACUAUGAGCGUUCUUGUUAUGAUUAAAAACGGUUUGAU